AUGGAUGGGGGGAACGUGACAGCCUUUGUCGUGGAGGCCACCAUGAACGCCUCCGCCCAGGGGAACGGCUCUGUGGGGAGCGUGCGCCGGCAGGUCCCCGCCGUGCACUGGGCGAUCCUGAGCCUCUCCCCGCUGGGCUUCAUGGAGAACGGGAUUCUGCUCUGGUUCCUCUGCUUCCGCAUGCGGAGAAACCCCUUCACGGUCUACAUCACCCACCUGGCCGUGGCCGACAUCUCCUUGCUCUUUUGCAUCUUCAUCCUGUCCAUUGACUACGCCUUAGAUUAUGAGCUGUCCUCUGGCCACUACUACACAACUGUCACCUUAUCGGUGACCUUCCUGUUUGGCUACAAUGCAGGCCUGUAUCUGCUGACGGCCAUCAGUGUGGAGAGGUGCCUGUCGGUCCUCUACCCCAUCUGGUACCGCUGCCACCGCCCCAAGCACCAGUCGGCAUGUGUCUGUGCCCUCCUGUGGGCACUUUCUUGCUUGGUGACCACGAUGGAGCACGCCAUGUGCAUCGACAGUGGAGAAGAGAGCCGCUCUCGGAGUGACUGCAGGGCGGUCAUCAUCUUUAUAGCCGUUCUGAGCUUCCUGGUCUUCACCCCGCUCAUGGUGGCAUCCAGCACCAUCCUGGUGGUGAGGAUCCGGAAGAACACGUGGACGCCCCACUCCUCAAAGCUGUACAUCGUGAUCGCGGCCACCAUCGUCAUCUUCCUCAUCUUCGCCAUGCCCAUGAGGCUCCUGUAUCUGCUGUACUACGAGUACUGGUCGGCGUUCGGGAGCCUGCACCACGUCUCUCUGCUCUUCUCCACCAUCAACAGCAGCGCCAACCCUUUCAUUUAUUUCUUUGUGGGCAGCAGUAAGAAGAAGCGGUUCAAGGAGUCUCUAAAAGUGGUUCUGACCAGGGCUUUCAAAGAUGAGACGCAGCCUCGGCGCCAGGAAGACAACGGUAACACCAUCUCCCUUGAGACGGUCGUCUAG